AUAAAGUAUAUAUAUAUAUAUAUCUUUUUUUUUUUCAGUAAAAACAGUUGAUUUAAAGGAUGCUGUGGACUGAAUGUGUCCUCCCCAAAUUCGUAUUUUGAAACCUGAUCCCGGUGUGAUGGUAUUAGGAGGUGGAGCCAGGGUAGGAUUAGUGUCCUGAUAAAAGAGACCCCAGAGAGUACUUGUGUCUUUUCAGCCACCUGAAGACUCCGCGAGGAAGACAGCCAUCUACGAACCAGUGAGUCCUCAUCAAACACGGAAUCUGUGGACAUCUUGAUUUUGGGCUUCCCAGCCUCUAAGAUCGGGAGAAAUACAUGUUUCUUGUUUAACGCCGGACAGGCUAAGACAAAGGACGUGUGGGAAGCGGCUGGAGUUGAAAGACGUAAGUAUCUGUUUGGUAGAAAAGGCCAGCCUCCCAGCGACCCAACAGCAGUUCUGUUGACAUAACCCUGUUGAUCAAAGCGAUCCCCUAGCUGCCCCAGGCCAGUUCCUGUGGCUCUUGGUGGAAUUCACUCUGCAGAUCCGGUCUUUGGGUGGGGAGCCUCAUCCUGGAAGAGGCCGCCGAGAAGUGCUCCUCAGCAAUGACCCCCUCAGAAGACCCCAGCGACCCAAAGGCCAGCCCCAAGGUCACGGGCCUGGAGACCGACGUGGAGACCAGUUCAGGUGGGAAGCCGGGCUGCCAUCAGAAGGCCAUCCCCCCCGCUCACCUGACUUUUGUCAUCGACUGUGCUCGUGGCAGACAGAUCUCCCUGAUAGCACCCCCAGUGCUGCCCCGAGCCCCUGGUCCUAAUCUAGGAACCGUCACCCCUCCAAUGAAGACUUAUAUCUUGUUCUGUGGAGAAAACCAGCCCCACCUGACUCAGGAGGCCCCCCUGGGUAGGGGACGCCUUGCCCAGGCCAGGGGGGCCGUGCCACCCUGCAGGGGGACCGGGGCCCCAGAUUCCUCCCCAGUCAGUCCACUGGUCCCGCAGGAGGCUCCUGAAGCCAAGGGAAACCCCUUGAAGUCUGUGCCCUCGAGGUCUUCAGCUUGGGGAACUGUCAUAGGCUCGCUCAAAGCCCUCUCCUCCUGUGUCUGUGGGCAGGCAGAUUAAUUGGAAGAGCCUGGCCAUGAAGGAGGGGGUUGGCACACCAGGCUCGAGCUCGGGCACUGCAAUUCCCAGAACCCAACCCCCCUUCCCCAGCCAAGCAGAAGUCAUUUGUGCCUGAGCCAAGGAAGGGCAUUGGAUCGACAAAGGACAUCUGAAACAGCCACCAAGGACACACUCGAGGGUAUCCACCUCCCUCCUUCCUAUCUUUGCGAGCCUUUCAGCGGAAGCAAGAUCAGGCACCUGCACAUGGAAAGAGACCAGACCAUUCAUACAGCAAAUUCUAACGGAGCGGCUUCCACGUCAGGCUCUGCAAAGUACUGGGGAAGAUGACACAGCUUUCUUGGAGCUCCUCCUCCGGGUGGGGGAGAGGGAAAGGGCUAAAUAUGUAACCAAAUAAAGAUGAUUUUGAAUAGUGAUGAACUAAUGACUAUGUAGGAAGGGAAAUGGGGUGCUGGGAUGGGAAGCCGUUGGGGCAAAAAGCUUUUCUGACCCCGUGAGUGGCAAAGUGUGAUCUAAAAGAUGAGAAGGAGGGGC